AUGGUAUAUCCGCCCAGUGCUUUGUGGGCAUUGGAUGAACGACUUCAUGUACCGAGGGAGUGGGGGGGGGGGGUUUGCUCGAAAUAACAAUACUUGUUACAAGAGGGAGCACUUACCCUUUUUAAAGAAAUUUUUGAAAGUGCAUAUCGCUGCGUUAUUGAAACCCUUACCCGUGUCUUGAACACGCUCACUCAGUUGUCGAAUCAUAAUCAUGGAUCGUAGAAUUUAUUUUAUGAUUAGAUAAUUUUACUGUUUUGUGCGUAUCUUUGCUGUAUUUUUCGAUAACAAAUGACGAACCCUUUAUCCACUUCCCACUGCUUAACUUACGUGACGCCCCUCCCAUUUUAAGUACUAAAAUUCCAAAGUUCAGAAUUUAACGAUGUUCUAACGAGGGCGGAAAAGCUUCCACAGUUGUGGAUAUAAUCUAAGUACGUACCCGGACUGAACAGCUAAUACAACUGCGAAAUGAGGCUACAGCUGAGGUUACGAGACAAAAUGUGGCUGGUUCACCGGGGCGCAUUGAGUUAAACCAGUGUAAAUACAACAAAUUCAACUCAAAUUAAGUGUUGUAAUUAGUUAUUAUAAAGAAUGUAAUAUAAUCAUUGUUCCUGAACAGCCUCCUUGGGGAGGUAACAAUAAAGUAUGUAUGUAUGUAUGUAUGUAUGUAUGUAAAUUACAUGGCGACAAAAGCUGGUUUGGUUUCGUAAUCGUGGCUUAAGGGAGAUAAGCUCCAAACAAGCCAGCGAAAAUCUGUUAUUCUAUCAUUUUUGAAUAAACACAAUCUAAUUCUCUGAGACAGAUUGUCUAACUUAUUAAUGGUUAAAAAAUUCUUCAACUGAUUAUUUUAACUAACUUUCAUCCCUAAAAGAACCAAGAAAUUUCAUUAGAUAUUUUUGGUUGAGGGCCUGGAGUUCUGAUCAACGCUACCAAAUGAAAUUUAUGUCUACGAUCGCGAAUUGAAGGAUUUGCGGAAUGUACAAUUGACCUAUAGGAAACAAUCGGGCUGGUUAUGAUCUGAUGAAUUAAGGAGAACGAGGAGGGUGUUUAUCGCCGAGGCGCCGAUACACUUCCCGUAAAAAAUCGCGGCUAAGAACCUGGUUUUAAGAACUCUUUUCGCCUAAAAUUUGAAACAGGUUCUUAUUUUCUAAAAUCUAUUUAAAAAAUCCCCUUCACUUGGGUAAACAGGAUCAGUAACAUUCAGAAGCCCCUUUGGAGACGUAGUUGCCUUAUUACUCCAACUGCAAUUAAUUGUAAUGGUAUAUACAGGUUUUUCCUAAAGAAUGAGCUGAAUAGCACUAAAUACAAAGCUACAUGCAAUGUAUUUUUUCUUCAGAAAAUAUUAAGAACCUAUAUUAAAAAGCUAAAUAACCUAAAUUUGUGCUUAUUAUACCAUUUAUGUAAGAACCUGUUCAGUCUAACUUGGAAAAAUGCAGGUUCUUAGUCGCCGGUUUUUACUGAAAGUUGUCGUACUUCUGACGUCAUUUUCCACAUAUACAUCGAGCAAACUUCUUCCAAAGUAGGUCAACGCUAGCUGGUUAUGAAGAUCUAUUCAUGGCGUCUGAGCCAAACCAAAACAGUGAAAUAUUUCUAUCUAGAUGAUGACUAAUCAGAGUUAUAAAAAGGCACUUGUACCAGGUUGUUCAAUUUUAGUAAAUUAACCUUUCGUGUUUUGGGUUUUAAACCUGAUCUCAGAGGUUACCAUAAUGCACUUCUUUCUUUCUUCCGCAUCGAUCCGCAAAUAACUGCCUGACCGUCAAGAAGCGCAUCCCCUUGGAUUAGUUUUCUUUGAAACAGAUCUUACAUAUCAAGAUCAAGAGAGCCGGGCACAAAGAAAUGAGUUGUUAUGUUGCUACAGUCAACCAAUAUUAGUGUGCAGGUUUCUCUUUAUCGCCGGGUUUUUUGUCAAUUUAAGAUCAUUUCUUCGGUUUUUUCCUUAACAAUUUCGAUACUUUUAGUGGCCUUAGCGCUUUGCCGCGGUUUUCCUUUCAGUUGUUCCCCGUCGGUUUCGCCGCUUUUAUAGCGGAAAAGGAAAGUAAUAUUUUGGUGGGAGCCAUAGUCGCUUUUAGAGUUCGAGUUUUGAUGUAUACAUGUUUUUCUAAUGUUAAAAGGUGCAAUUUCUGCGAAGUCACUAAAAAUAUUUUGUGCAAGAGCAUUGUGCAGUUUCUUUUUUUAUUUUGUGUAAGGUUUUCUUGACAGCAUCAUCAACUGAUUUACUGUGUGCUUUACAAGUAUAGUCACUUUAAAUGAAAAUAGCCCUCAGUAAGUAAUGCCCUGCCUGGCAACAAACCGUGCAACAGAUUCCAUAACAAGUUGUCACGAGAUUGUGCCCGAUCACAAGGCGAUCAUAGCUGUUCUCUAAAAAUGUAGCAGGAGUUAUUUUAAAAAGGACGUUGUUAGGUCAAGUUUAAGAAUAAAUUAAAAAUGCGAGGUAGUUUUUUAUGGGAGAUAAAUAUUUUUUUUGUUUGGCUCAAGCAGGUUAUGGGCUCCUGGCUCAAGGUCAUAAAGCGCAUGUCAAAGAAACGUCAUAUACCACUUCAAGGAGAGAGGACAAUACCUUUUUCCCACGAAGUAAUUUUGCACAGGAAAUUUAGUUAAGUUUCCAAAUUAUUAACUUCCAUAAGGCAAGGUAAUGGCACCACAGGCACCCCAAGCUCAAUACUUGGAGUUACGUGCGGUAUCGCGUAAUUUCCAAAACAAGCGGUCUUAAACAUAAAGGAUUUGUAUGAGACAUUUGUAUGGGAAAAGAUUCAAGAAUUACUAGCAGGAAUUCUAAAUUUAAAAAAAAGCGAAAAUAAAAAUUAAGCAAAAAACAGGGGUGUUAGAGAAAUCGCUGAAAUUGGAUUGGAUUAGGAAAAUACGGGAAGCAAGGACAAACGAUGUAAAUAAAGUAAGAGGCUUUUUAUAUUGAGAAACUGUGGGAAUUAAUAUAAAAAUAAAGUAACUUUUAUGCUAAGCUUGGGAUGCCUGUGGUAUCACAACACAAUCGCAAAAGUAGAAUAAAGUCACAACUCCAUCACGAGACAAAAUUUAGCGGGCAUAUAGCCAAACGUGCUUUUAGAAUUAGAAAUAUACUUUCGUAAAAAUAGUCGUAAAUGACUGAUAACCUCUGUUCGACCAGCACUACAAGGUGUUAACCAGCUCGAUCUGUCUGUGAUUUGAUGAACAGCUAGGAUACACUUAGGCAACAUAUUGCAGAGAAGUCUCCGUUCGUGUGGCAUACCCCUGAAUUCCUGUUAUUGGGGAAAAUUUUUGUUACUCCUACUUGUUGCAUUAUUAUAUUCAAUAGGUUUGAUGUAACAGUGACUAAAUUAUCCAGAUUUUCAAUGUAUUUCGUUCAGUGCUGGGGGAAUAUGUUUCAGGAACGGGAAUAGGUGCCCACCUUGAACAGUAGUAAGGUUCAAUAGGGAAAAAGUGAAAUAUAUAAUAAAUUAAAAAGUAAAAUAAAUGGUUUCUAUAUCUGGUAGGUGUCCCGGUCAUCCCUUUCUGAGUUUUCUGGAUCCGCCCCUGAAAGGCACGAGCAAGACUUUAUUCCGUGAGGAACCCAACAUGUCGACUGUGUUUACUAAAAAUAUAGGUAUGAUCAGGAGCCCAUCAUGGCAUUGUUCUUAAAAAAGCCUUGGGCGACUUGCAAAGGAAUCGGCUCACCAAUGCAGGUCCCGCAGUUCUUGAGAAACAGAGAAAGCGUCAUCAGCCUAUGUCUCUAUAUGCCUGAUUUGUUUUACGCUUUACAGGAAAAUCGUUAAAUUUUCAAAAUCCUGUUUACAUUCACAAGUUAUGAAUAGUCCCGUUUGCCAGUCUGAAACUGAGCACGUUCUAGUGCCGAUACAAGGGACUUUGAUCCAACGACGCGACGGCAAUGAGAACGUCGCUUAUAUAGUGAAUUUGCGUUCUUUCAGUCUAUAUCGCAAUUAUUCCUACCCACUCACUUUGUCAAAUGUACGCGAACCCUCCUAGCCUGCGAAAACAUCCGUUUCUCCUCGCUCUUCGCCGCUGGGGACGUUUUGCGCAGAUCAUCCGCGCGAAACGUCCCCAGCGGCAAAGAGCGAGGAGAAACGGAUGUUUUCGCAGGCUAGAACCCUCCUGGAGUUGAAUUCCUAGGCACCAUAUCCAAGUACAGUAAGAGAAAUAAAAUUUCGUCGUUGCUUGUUUACGUCCUCCUUAAAACGCGAUAUUAGGCAUGUUCACGUCGUAGUCGUGCAAAAACGAUGAUUUUUGAAAUGUACAAAAAACCAUGGUGCACGUGCAAAGUUGUUGUUUUUCUGAUAAAACCUAUUGUUUUUUUGACGUUCUCGUUACCGUCCGCGUCGUUGGAUCCCGUCGUUUAAAGUCCCUACAGAGACAAGGGUAGCGCGGCUACAGUCUGGAAAAGAGACUGCUUCUAGAGCAUUCUUGUCCCUAGGAGGACCACGUGACAAAAAGAAACUAUAGAAUGGACACGACCGUAACUGAUUCGGCCAUCUUAUAGUUCUUAUCUUUAUUUCCCGCUUAAAUUCAACCGUUUCUAGUUAUACGCCUGCAAAAUAAAGUCAAGACUCGAUUUGCUCUCUUGUAAGCAGUCAUUUGUCCCUGCUGCUAGAGGUUGACUGGUAUAAACACUGGAACCCAUAAGGCUCCGGCCUGUAUAAAGCAGUUUGACGGUAGGCACUACGAUCGCUGUAAGUCACCAUCUUGUGAAAAACCCUUGAAUGCAGAGGUCCACUCAACGCGUACAUAAAACCGUCUGCUUCUUUCUUGUCGGAUCUCUAAUGUCAAGAUGCUAAUGCCAGACGUCACUUGAAUUGAGAAUUAAAACAAAACUGAUUCAAGGCUGGCAAAACGGCAAAGGGCUGAUAUAUUUCAGGCCAAUAUUGCGGCUAACAAAAUUAGCCUUCUUCAGCCGGGCUGCACUGAAAAAGGAAAAAAAGCUACUACACCAUCUUGGUUGUAUAACAAACAGCACCACAGCAGUGCACUCGGCAGAACAGUCCUGGCAUGUUUUUUUUUUGGAAAGGUCCGUUUAGUUCAGUUAUCGUUCGGUCAGGAGGGAAAUAUUCAGAUUAUAUUUAAAAUCCACUUAAGGCGAGACAAGCUGACUUCUCGGAUUCUUUGUCGAUCUAGCUCGUUUCCGAGACUUCGUCGCGAAAAAAAAAAACAAAAAAACAUGGACUUGUGGCAAGUCUACGCGGUCUACGCUAGCGGUACAGGGAGUCAACAGCAAACGAUGAGAGUACUUUGACCAAAAAAUCUUAUUUCUAAAUAAUUUAUGUUCUUUGAUGCGUAAAUUUACCUUUAACUCUGAUAACAUAUUCAGGCACCCAAGACAAAUGAUUGUUUUUACAGUUCAUAAAUUGAAUUGAUGGAAAAACUGGCACAGAUCAGGUGACAUAAAGGCCUGCGCUGGCCACGCAGGCUACGCAUAGCCCUAUGGAUUUUAUAGUUUUGCCAUAGAAUCCCCACUGCACCCCACUGGGCAACCUCCCCGGGGAUCAGACCUUAUAGAACUCUCAGCCUUGUCUUGUCUUGAGUUUUGGCUUGAAGUGAAGUGGUUUGAUAUUAAAGCAUAACUAUAGAUAGCGAAGAAUGCUGGUGCAAUGCUGUACCAACUGAGCUAACAAGCCAGCUAGGAGUGGUAAUAGAGACGGUUCGUUAUUUAGGCAGUAGACCACACUUUCUAUGGGUUUACCAGCGUGAUAACCUACGCGGGAUGUUGGGAGAACACACGCUCCUGAUUUACAAGCUUUUCGAGUGUUCUCCCAACAUCCUAAGUGGGUUAUCACGCCGGUAAACCCAUAGAAAGUGUGGUCUAUUGCUUUUAUAAAAUAACUUUAAGUUUUCUAUGAUUUUACCUGCACAAUAAACCAUAACUUUUUAACCAAUCAGAACGCGUGUGCUAUUUUAGUUAUUUUACUAAAACCCAUAAAAGGGUGGAAAAUAGGCAGACUACCCAGUAAAAGCCUGUAAAAAUUUCUUUAGUCCUCCUCCAUCCAUUUAUAUUUGUUCUAGCCUGCUGCAACCUUGUAUUGACCGAAAUGUAAAUAAACGUACUUACUUACUUUGUUGAUCAUUAUCGUGUUCACGAACCAGCCCAACGACCUGCUCACAGUUGGCUUGUUAUCCCAAUUGGUUGAGCGCUGCAAUGGUAUCGUAGCAAUUCAAGGGCUCGAAUCUCGUACAAGCACAAGCUUCAAUUUUUCAGGCUUUCUUUGUUGGGUCGAAAACUGUCAUGAUCUUCUUUCUCAGUUCUGUUGGACACCUUACCGGGUUAAGUCCUGUUAUCUGAGAUCACUUCUCCCCAGAUUUCUAAAGUUGUACAUAUACAGAAGCCUGAAAUAAAUAUAAUGCAGCAAAGUCUCCUCUUAUAAAACAGAAACGCAUUUUGAUAAUUAGAACAAUCUAUCUUCCGGUGAGAAACCACUGAAACACCCGUUGAAAGACGGAAGUGUUGUUACAUGUCACGUGAUUUCUUUUGCCCGCAGCUUGUGUGACACUGACAGGAAAAUAUUUAUCGAUGAAAAAAUGGCGGACGCUUCAAAUGGUUCUGCGACGCUCGAAUCCGAAUUAGAUGAAACCCGGAAGAGACUGGAAGUACUAGACAAAAAUUACCGAAACCUUAAAGGAUUAUCUCAAAAAGGUAGUGAUUUGUUGCUUGGAGAACAGUUUGUGAGACAAAGUGCUUGUCGUAAAGUUUGCUCAACUGUGAAAUCUUCGAGUGGUCGAUCAAAUCAAAUAUUAUUCUGUUUCAGCUGUCGCUGAAUUCGAAGAACUACAGAAAAAAUACCAGGAGUAUUACCAAAAGGUGAGGUUAUUGUUUGCUAAUUGUUUUCUCUUUAUAGGUAAACUCCAGCUGAUUCAUGGAUGCAUUCGGAGAAUGAGGAAAAGUCAAUUGCUAAUUGAAAAACUAAUAUCAAUCAUGUUGAUUUAAGCUUAGCUUUUCUUUUUCUUUUUAUUAGUACAAGGAACAAGAGGUGAAAUAUUUGAAGGCCAAAGGAGACUUGGAAAAGCUCAAGGAAGGUACAGUCGACAGUAAAUAUCAGUGCAAAAUAUAUUAUAACUUCCACUGGAAGUGGAGACGUAUCUGUAGUUUUGCGAAUACGUAAGCUUAAUAUUUAGCUAAAACAUUGCGAGUGAUCAAUUUCCAGCGUUUCAUUAACAAGCUGCGAUGAACCUUCGAUAUUGCAUAGUUAUUCUGAAUGAAUAAACCAAUUCGUCGUAAAACUUCCUGGCCAUUUUGUGUAUAAGCUCGAAUGCUAAAUCAAAGCAAAUACUGCAUUAUUUUGAUUUGAUAAAGUAUUGUAUAACAGAUAGGUUUACUUACAGCACGUCUUUUCGUCGGAUAAACUUUAGCUUACGUUCUGUUUUGGCGUCAUUUGCUUUAGGAAAGACAGCUGCCUUUCUGACAUUUUAAUUGAAAAUAAAGAAAUGGGUCGAUGGUUUACUUUCUAAAAACAGUUUUACUUCGACUUGAAUGCAGGUUGAAAUGAUCGUUAAUUUGGAACAUUUCUGCUCUUAAUAGGCUGGAGAGGGAAAAAAAACGUUAUUUAUGAAAUUAAGCUGGUAAAGUUACAGGUAUAAUCUUACAAAGAUUACAAAAAAAGGGACGGCUUAUUUCUGUUUCAAGAUUAAGCUAAUUAGUUUCAGUUCAGGCAUCGUACCACGAAUUUCCAUUUUUGGAGUCCUUAAGACGGAAAUGGAACAAAUUCAGCAUAAAAACCCAGUAAUAAAGUGAGAAAGUUAUUCUAAAGGGGAAGUUUCGAUCAAUUCGUUGUCAUUUAAACCUAUAGUUAAUCACCAAGCUCAAGGCUUUUGUAUAGGUUUUUUUAUUCUCGAAGCUCUUUUGUGUUGAUCUGAAAUAAUUGAAUUAAAUAUAUGCCCGGAGAUUACAUAAAUUUAGUGCAAAAAUUUCUAAAAAAAAUCAUUUAAUUCACAAAAAAAUACUGAAAUAAUAUUUGUCUUUUAAUAUCUUAUUUCAAGUCAGAGGACUUGUUGCAUCUGUGAAAUUAAAUACAUUAUUAAUAAAAUUUUUCUUUCAUUGGCCUAUUUUUUUCUUUUUAAGUCAGGUGUUGUGACAAAAAUAAUAUUAUAGGAAAUAGUGUUUUUCUCUGAGUAAAUGAAUGUGUAACAUUUAGUAUUAAUUACAUUAAUAUUUGCACAAGUGGAUUAAGGUUUUGGUUUUUUUCCAACUUAUUUUUUGUGAAUAUGGUGUCAGAUGAGGUGGUUUUUAAAGUUGUCAGUUUUUUAAAAAAUUUUUUAGUCUGAGAAACAGCUAAAAUUUCACAAUGCUACUAACAGUUUCUCAACGAAAUGAAGUCCAGGGUUGUCCUUAAGAGCCUGGGGCCGGGGAUUUUCCCUGGCUACAAUGAGUGUGACUGCUGGCUACUUUUAUUGGAAAAAAAAAGAAAACUAGAACCAAAAGAUAUCCCUAGCUGUUUGUUUGUAUUUACCCGGCAACUUGAAAUCUUACUGACAACCCUGAUGUCUGAGUAACAAGCACAGAAAUUUGGCCAUACUGAUGACGUGUCACCACCCUAACCUGGGCAGUGAUUGUGACUGCAUGGUUGGAAAUUUGCAAUUUAACAAUCAGAAGCACUACCCAGAUCUGGGUAGUGACACAUCAUCAGUGUGGUCAAAUUUCUGUGCUUGUUCCUCUGAUGUCAUUUCGUAGGAAACCUUUAUUAGUGUGAAAAAAUGUUGGCUGUUUUGGCAGCCUAUAGUAUUUUAAAACAAACUUAAGAAAGUGCAGAUUGACACGGGAUACCGUAAAAUUCGGAAAAUAAGCCCUGUGGCUUAUAUUUUUCAAAGGCCCUUUUUGAGGGUCUUAUUUUUGGAGGGGCUUAUCUAUGGAGGGAAAUUUGCAUUUCAAAAUCGAUUGGGCUAGCCUUAUAAUUGGAAGGAAAUUUACCAUUUUGGCUUUGUUGUACUUUGCAUUUGAGGGCAAUUUCCAAGUACAAGCCCCUGGGGGGCUUAUAUUUGGAGGGGUGAUUUAAUGGAGGGUUUUUUGCGUUAUGGGUUUGGGGGGCUUAUAUUUGGAGGAGCUUAUAAAUGGAGGGGCUUAUUUUCGGAAUUUAACGGUAUUUUGCAAUUUCUUUUUUUUUUUUGAUUUUCAUCAAGAAGGUGGGCUUUCCUUGAAUACCAUUAUUCCAUCGAUUCUUACAGUCUUACGAUGGAUCUUUUGUCAGUUUCAUGGCUGGUUAUAAAUUAUUUUACUUUGUGGUCGUAUAAUAAUAAAAUAUAAUCAUAUUGUGUCUUGGAUACUCACAAAACAGAAAUUAUUUAUUCAAUUGACCUGUUUCUGUUACUGGGCUCAUGUUAGCCUUGUAGCUGGCGUUUUUUAGGGGUGUUUUUUUUUUGGUAGUUAAGAUAACAGAUACAGCCAUAAAGCUGAACCAAGGUCAAACCAAAAAAUCAUGGUGAUGGGAGCAAGGGGAGAAGGCAGUGCUGGGGAAAAACCACCUCCAUUCAACCCCAUUAGAUUUUUGAAACCUGUUCUCCAGGGGACAGAGCAAAUGGCAUUCCUGAUUGUGGCCCACAGAAUGUCAACCUGCGAGCAGAUGUGAGAUUCCCAGUGGAUACAAAGGCAUUCUAUUGGUUGUAUGGUGGCUUCUAAUGUCUGACCUGAUAUAUUAUUAACAUGAGAUAAAAAAAUUAACUAAAAUAUACACAGUAUACAUCUGUAUAUAUAUCUAUUACAUAUUCACCUACCUUAGAUGUCAAAGAGGUCUGCAGUUCUAAAACUCCAAAGAAUAAUAAUUAUUCUUAAAAGCAAGCAUGCUAUUCUGAACAAGAAAUAUUUCUGAAAAAGUGAAAAAAUUAUCCUCACAUUUAUAUUAUAAUAUAUAAAGAAAAUAACUGAAGACGACACUCCAGUGAUCAGUCUGUGUGAACUUUGCCAUUGGCCUAUGGUGUGUCAGCAAUCAAAAUAAUAAUAUAUACACGUAAUAAUUCCAAUCUUUUGAUUUUAGGGUGGAACUUUGAGCCCAAUAAUGAAAUCUCAUUCCGAUAAACAAAAUCUAUUUCUAAAUAUCAAAUGAGCACAAAGUGCUGAAACCAUUGGUGCGACAGUUGUUUUCGACAGCUGUCAAACUUCUAAACAUGUCACAUCACAUGUAAGCCAAAUUCCUUCUUUCACAAGACUGGAAGGGGCAUUUCAAAAAUCACAAGGGGUUAAUUGUGGUGGUUUUUCUCCCUCUCUCUCUCCCUAGCCCUCUCCCCCAUGGUUUUUUCAUUUUGACCUGCAUGCGGCUGUAUAAAUACGAGCCAAAAACAAAAACAACACCAAAAAACCCGCUAGCUACGCAGGCUUGGCUCAUAUAAUGAUGGGGACAAGGAUGCUCAUCAUCUUGUUUAGGGCCAUAAAUAGUAGGUUUUUGGUUUCACUUACUUAAUGUUCAGCAUUAUUAUUAUUGGAUUAGUGAUGUUAGGCAACAGUUGAACCAAAUCAAUUUUUUAUGUUUAUUUCCCUGCUAAUGCUUCUUGGGUUAAAUGUCCAAGAUGCCAAAUUUUUUACCAGACAUUCACUGCUUCCAUUGUUUUUUCUUUGUUUAUUCCUUGUAUCUUACAGUCUCAAACAUUGCACUGUGUGAAUAUGAGAAUUUGCAUGAAAAGUUUGAGGUGGAGCAAAGCUGCAGGACAAAGGCGGAGGAGUUUGCUACCAAUGUAUGUAUUGAUGUGAAGUAUAUAUGAAAUAAUUCAUUUUGAACUGCGGUUGUAGAUGAAAGUGAAGAAUGAUCAUCGCAGUAAAUUUUCCAAUUUAAGCAAUUGGAAAGAAGAAGCCUGAAAAAAAAAAUAUCAGGGCUUCAAAGGGAUUCGAACCCGUGACCUCCGCGUUACCGGUGCGUUGCUCUACCAACUGAGCUAUGAAGCCACACAUUGGGAGCGAGGUCAAUUUAUUGAGUUCAUAUCUCCCGUGAGGAAUGAAAUGAUGUGCAGUAUAUAUGAAAUAAUUCAUUUUGAACUGCGGUUGUAGAUGAAAGUGAAGAAUGAUCAUCGCAGUAAAUUUUCCAAUUUAAGCAAUUGGAAAGAAGAAGCCUGAAAUCCCUUUGAAGCCCUGAUUUUUUUUUCAGGCUUCUUCUUUCCAAUUGCUUAAAUUGGAAAAUUUACUGCGAUGAUCAUUCUUCACUUUCAAUGUAUGUAUUACCAAACUAAGCUACUAGCAUUACGGUUACCGUUUUAGAGUUGAUUGGUAUUGAAAGUGACUGAUGUUUUGAUAGCCUGUGACCAUUAAGUCAAAGCAGAGCAGUCAUUAAGGGCCGUAACCAGAAACACCUGUUAUAGCAGAGGGUACUUGAUGUUAUCUACGAAUGAUCAAAGUGGUAAACUAAGAAAGACACCAUAAGUUUUGUGAGUUAUGGGUGAAUCUUCAUUUCGUAUGGCUUCUUCAAACCUUAAUGACAGCCCUGCAAAGGGUAAAGAAACUGUCGUUAUUCAUUUUUGGCUCUGAACAGGUGUGGCUCAUUGUGGUUGUUGUCCGCUAUUAUUUUGUUUGAGGCUGGAGCGAGGUAGUGAGGCAUGCAUAUUUAGCAAGAUGUGCUGCACGUGUAUCCACAACACUGAUUAACUGAUUAUUUUGUUGUUGUUCUAUGACUUAAACAGUGCUCAGAUCUGUCAAACAAACUUUUCCUUGGUUCUUGUAAACUUAGCUAAUUAAGGUGUCACUUUGUCUCCCUAAAUCCUUUAAACUCAUCAACAGAGAUGAGCCUGGGGGAAGUGCCUGCGAGGCAAGUGAUUCCCGAAAUGCAGGCGAGUGCAACGUGUAACCGUGACAACCCUGAGAGUGGCAUUGACCUAGGCAACGUCAUACUGCUAACCACUGGAACCUUACAUACAUGUACAUACCCUUGCGGCACCCCUUCAGCCCUGUGCUGAAGCCCCGUCAGGGAGGGGGGGCUAUAGGAUUUGCUGGACUUGGUUAACUUGGCCCAAGGACAUUAUGCCGGCCAUGCGUUUUCACGCGUGAACUAUGCCCUCCCUUGCAGUACAGGCAUGAGGCACCCCCUCGGUAUGGCGCCAUGUACCGAGGCCCCUCAUUCGGUCAUCAUCCGGUCGGUGGGUUUUAUCCGAGCCUUGCGGGUAUAUUCCCUGCCCAACUUUGCCCACCAAAGAAUAUUGUGUUUUCUCUGCGUCUGCGCGCUGUAACAUUAAGACCUAGGCAACGUCAUACUGCUAACCACUGGAACCUUACAUACAUGUACAUACCCUUGAAGGGUAAAUUAAAAAUAAAUGUAGUUUUACAGCGUGGUGGUGACCAGUGACAGAUUCACCAAUCAGCUGAUAGCCACUUAAAUUGUUCUUCUGUGAUUUGAAAUCCCUGAUAGAUGGUUCAACAAAACAAGGCUCUCAAGCGACAAAGCCAAUUGCUUAUCUCACAAAUUGGCUCUGGAGAACAGCUCAAUCUUGUAGGUAUUUUCUGUCUAUAAUAGUUAUUCUUGUUUCUUGGUUUCUCGGUAUCUGAAUCUCCUAGGCUACUCACUUGACAAUAAUUUUUAGAUGGCCUUCAAACAUACACUAACAUGUUUGCAAUAACUGGAAAUGAUUAAAUUGUGGAAGAAGCCACUAUUAUAAAGAAAAAACGUCCAAACGGACUCAUCAUUGUUGGCCAACAACUCCCAACAUUCUUGGGAGUUGUUUCACCAUUUGCAGCAACUAAAAGUUUGACCGGUUUAAAACUUUGCGCAACAACUCCCAACAACACGCAACAACAAGCAACAGUGUGUGCAAAUGGACGAAAUAUGUAUCAUCCAAUAAUGUUGCAUCUAUUUGCAUGGGGCUUAAUGCUUUUUCCUCCUUUAAUUUCAGUCUUUUGUUAAAUCCGGUAUUUAUUAAAAGUCUCACCGUAAAUAUUCCAUCGUGCAUAACAAUUUGUAACGUUACAACUUUUUUCACUUUAAUAUUCCCCAUAAUUAUAAAAUACCACAGUUUAUUAAUUAAUUAGUUUCAGUUUAUUUAUUAAUUUCAGUCUUUUGUUAAAUCCAGUAUUUAUUACAUUGUAAAAGUCCCACCAUAAUAUUCCAUCAUGUACAACAAUCUGUGACGUUACAACGUUUUUCACCCUCAUAUUCCCCAUAAUUAUAAAAUACCACAGUUUAUUACAGUGAUAUCAUUAUUCCUUUCUAUUGGUUAGUUUAGAUAAUUUUGUUGUGACAAGUUUACCUUAAUGUUGCAGGUUUUGAAACACAGACAAAUAAAACUUGUUUCUAUAAUCAUUUUGAGCUGAGAUGCAUUUGUUAGUAGCAUUUUCUUUACAGUUUUGAGACCGUGUUUUUGUAAUAAAAUUACAUUGCUUGGUAAUCCUGUUGUAAUAAUAGUUUUUCCAAGGGUAUUGUACCUGUCAACUUUGGAGAAUGUAAUCUGUUUAAUUCAUGAUCUAAGAUUCUUGGGCUUCAUUACACCAAAACAAAUGAAAAAAAAAUCUGAAAAUGGAACUCUAUGUCUUUAGGUUCUCGGGUGUAUUUACCACUAAAGAAAUGAAAAAUAAUCUGAAAAUGGCAUUCUUCGGAUUUAGGUUAAAGCACUUUAACUGUAUUGGCGUGGUAUAGGCCAACUAACAAAGCUGGUAGAAAAAAGAAAUGUUACCGGUCGUUUCGAUGCAAAGUUGUUUCGAUACAAGUUUAGUUAUUCGAGGUGUAAAUCGUUCCACAAACCACAGGUAACCGAGGCUCUGUAACAGUACCACAGUACGGUUCCAGUAAAAUUACAGUGUUUGUAUGGGGUAAAAAUACGAUCCUAAAAUUUCUAAGAAAUACUAAAUAAAGAUCAGUGAAACUUACUCUGCAGUUAAUUGUCGUUGUCCUUAUAGAGUACCGAAGUGUGACGUCAUAGAAAAUGAAAUUUGUGAAAUUAUGGGAUUUGUUAAGAUAUUCCGAAAGAACAACGUCCAAGACGCCUACUCGCCAAAAAUUAGCAAUUUGGAGCAGAUUGUCUCUGAGAUAUUAACCCAGUUAUGCUCCGAUGACUCCAUACAAAUCCUUCUAAAUCUUACCUGGUUCCUAAUCUUAUGAACCAAGCCAAAUUUAGAAGGAUUUGUAUGGAGUCGUCACAGCAUAACUGGGCUAAUAUUUCAGAGACAAUUUGCCCCUAAUUGCUAAUUUUUGGCGAGUAGGUGUCUUGGACGUUGUUCUUUCAGAAUAUCAUAACAAAUCCCAUAAUUUCACAAAUUUCAUUUUUAUGACGUCAUCACUUCGGUACUCUAUUGCUCCAACGAAGUUUCGUGAUAAUUCGUAGCAAUUUGUUCAAAUUCACUCAAUUUGAACAAAUUACUACAAAUUAUCACGAAACUUAGUUGGAGCAAUAAGGACAACAACCAUUAACUGCAGAGUAAGUUUCAUUGAUCUUUAUUUAGUAUUUCUUAGAAAUUUUAGGAUCGUAUUUUUACCCCAUACAAACACUGUAAUUUUACUGGAACCAUACUGUGGUACUAUUACAGAGCCUGGGUUACCUGUGCACAAACUUUGCUUGAAGAAGCAAGAUAUUCUCCCAACAUGUUUUUCUUGUUCACUCAAAAACUAUACUUGAAGUGAACAAAAUUCUUGUGAAAUUUCACUGCUUGAGUUUGUAUCGAAGCGAUUUGUAUUGAAACGACAAGCAGCUAGUGCCCAUGAUGAAAACUGCUGGGUCCAUCGGUAAUUGUGCCAGACAAUAAAGUGUAUUUAUUCAUUUAUUUUCGCUGCGAGGUUAUUUUAUUUUCCCGUCGAUUUGCUAGGGGAGGCUGAAGGAGACAAGGUAGCCUGCUCACAGACCCUCUAUUUUCUCUAAAGAGAUCGUCGAGCGCGCAUAUGAAACAAUAAUUAAGAGAGAUUAAGAUUCACGUUUACAACAAACGGAAAACGUGAAUUUGUACCCUGUUACCAAGUUUUCCCCUUAAUUGCCGUUUACUGUUUAUUACUUCUACACAACAAUAAGUAGUUUCACGCCAGUUUUAUCCAUAAGAAUUGUUCUGGACAGUUUUUAUCUGCUUAUUUUCCAUUCUGAGAAAUUCUCUUCUUGAAUCUGGCGUUUGCCGUUUGCUGUAAACAUGACUCUCUCUAAUAAAAAGAAGAACCGCGGAUGAUUUAUUCACUGUAAGAGCAAUGGGUGUUUGUGGGGAAAGGAGAACUUGAGUUCCUUUCUCACCCGCCUUGCAAAACCGAUUUUGAAUCUUAAGUUUAAACUCCCUCCAAGAAACAACUGAUUUGGUUUUACAUUCAAAAAUUAAAGAUCCAGAGAAACAAGCUCUAACUGUACUUACCAAUUAUGUUCCUUUUCUGAGGGCAAAUAAAUGUUAUCCUGUGCAUUUUAUUUCCAAUCUUUAAUAAUUUAUCCUUUAUUCAGGAGGAACUGCCUUCUGUUGAGGCCACAGAUGAUAGCUCAUUAAAUGACAAUGCAGUUCUACAUGAAGAAAUCAAUGGUGAGCUUAUGUUUGAGUUAAUUUCAUGAUGAUGAUCGAAGAAAGAAAUUGAAUUAUAGAACAAGGGAACCUUUAUACAACAGACUCCUAUACAAUGAAACCUCCCCUAAUCGCCAACCCAAAAUGCAAAGGCUCAGUGAUCGCUUACAAGAAUCGACGCAAAGGUUGUCUCCUUCUUGAAGAGGCCCGGCCGACACAUCUAUAUUUUGGAAGAGAAUUCAUUGCAUGUAAUUUGUAAGUUACGAUAAUAAUUUAUGUGUAGUUUCAAACAAAGAGAUCAAAUCACGCCCUAAGUGUUCGCUUACAGGAUGAGGAAAGACAAUGGCAAAUUGUAAAGCCGUUAUCCAAAAGUGGUCGCAAUCGCUUACGAGAGGUAGUCGUUUACGAACGUUUCCGUCUGCAGUGAUCGCUGGGAAAAUUUUAGUGUUUUGGAUGGGCGUUCGCCUGUGGGAGGUGGUCGCGCAUGGAGGUUCGACUGUAUAGCGUACACUUUUGUAUAAGGGAAGAUAUCAUGAUUCUUUAUUACUCUAGAAUUUAAUAGCUUUUCUCUCCCUGUCUUCCGCUUUGUUUCUUUGUGCGCCCUGUAUUCCCCCCUCCCCCUCUCCACUACCUGAACGCCUGGAACAGAAAUUGAAAAGGGCUUGAGUUAUUUCAAACAGAGUUCGAAAUAUCGAAAGCCCCGGCCUCGAUUGUUCAAACUUUAGAUACUAAAUUACUAUCCAGCAGAUAAGUAUUGGGGUGACUAAUAUUGCAUUAUCCUCCGAGGCCCUUAUCCAAACAACUAAUAUGGGAGGGAAAAAAGACAAACUAACAGUAUGCAAUGAUUUCAAUGCUUGCGUGCGUGACCACUACUGUUUGGUGGUAGGUUAGAAAGCUACACUAGCCCAAUGUUUAGGACUCUAAGAAAGAUACGUUUUUCUAAAAUCAAACAGAUACGUAUGAACAACAUUAAUUAAUCGAAAAGUGUCAGAAUUGAGGUUUUUUGCGGUGAUGUGGUUUUGCGGAAAUUAAUUUCCCUUUUAAAUGAGGUAUUGCGGUUUUACCAGCUCAAGUGGUGUAUGCUCUGUCCUUGAUGAUGACGUCUCUGAUUUUUAGAAGUCACAUAAAUAAUCAAAGUACUGUAUUUUGUUAGUGCUAAAAGGACAACUGGAAGCCUUAAAAAAGGAGUUAAGACUUACCAAAGAGAAAUUGACUACAACACAAAAUGAGGUCAGUGUUUACUAAAAUUGUAAAUUCUGAAUGACGAAUAAAAAUGAAAUGACUAUUUGGUGGUUUGCAUGUGACGUCACGACGGCAAUGUUGGUGGUGAAGAACAAAAACAUUUCUCUCCUCUGGGAACUAAUUCUAUUUUCAUUUAAAUUCCUCGAGAAAAACUUUUAUCGUUUUGACCCCCCAACAUGGUCGCCUUGUCACGUGGUUGCAAACCAAGAUUAAUGGUUAGGGAGUGCGGACGAGAUCGAUCGAACGUCAAACCGCUCUUGCUCCAACGCUGUGUUUUGGGUACGUGAUAGAAGGUCCGUCAAAACCCGCGUUGUCAGGUUACAAGUGGCAGUUGUGAUCGGGUGGAGUUCUUUGAUUCCAUUCAUUGUUAAGGUUCGGAAAAAUGGGCAACAAAAAACAUGAAACCUGUCUUGCAACAUUGCUGCAAAACGAGUUGUAUAGCGAUGUUGCGCGUUGUAACACCAACAUAAAACCUGUCUUGCAACAAAUCAGGUUUGAACGUAGGUGGUGAAACGCGCAACAUCGCAAUUCCACUCGUUUUGCAGCAAUGUUGCAAAAGAGGUUGCACGUUUUUUGUUGCCCGUUUUUCCGUACCUUUAGUGGAAAUCCACUAAAGCUCGCUAGAGUGGUCUUAGGCCCCAUCCACACGAACCCUGGUGGCAGAAUGUGCGGUUUUAAAAAAAAAAUGUCCGAAUUCGUGUGAAGGGGGCCUAAAUUUCUGCCACUUGUGCCAGUAAGUUGAUGUUACACAGGAAGAUUCGCAACGACGAUUUUUAGCGCAACACAGCGUUGUAAUGUUCGAACAAUGUUGCAACUAUUCGAAACAAUACCGCACUGGCAACAUGUUGCAACGCUGUGUUGCGCUAAAAACCGUCGUUGCGACUCAUCUUUUGUAACAUCGCCUUUAAUUUGUGCUCAGUUUCCUUUUAGACAAAAGGAAUAUUCUUUGUUCUGUGAAAAGGGUGUGUUUACUGUCAUAGUUUACUUCUACCUUCAGCUAAACAAAGAGAAAAAUGCACAUGACACUACAAAGAGUAGACUUCUGAAAAACGAAAAACAGUUUAAACAGCUGAACAGAGGUGAGGAAUCAAUGAAUUACUUUGAUAAAGUGUUUUUUACAGCGUAUAAGCUGAACAGGUUCCUAUGAUUGUUAGAGUCUUUUGUUUAUAUAGAACUUAGAUAUAAACUAAUAAAGUUGAGUUUUCCCAUUAUGUUUGGUUUUGUUGAUUAUGGAUUCUUAGUUUGUAACCAAUGCUUCAAAAUAAGAAGCCGUGACAGGUGUUAGACUAAAACAUGCUCUUAUUAAGUGGGGCCGGGGGUAUUUACUGUUUAUUUUUUUCUCGGGGGAAACCUGAGUGCAAAACGCGAACUGUGAGAUUAGAACUGCAAGAUUAUUGAACGAGAGAGGACUUUUUAUUAAGAUCUGUUUAUUCGUCCUCUGCUUUGACUAAAAAUUUGAGCACUGUCCAUAACACUUAAUUUGGUGCGAUUUUUUUAUGAUUGGGAUUAGUUUUUGAAGAAAAUACUUGAGUGUUUUGUACACGGAGUCUAUCAUCAAAUAAUGAAAAUUUGUACCUCCUCAUGGACACUCAGCCAGAUCUUGGGAAAGGUAUUUAACUAUUGCGAUAUGAUAGAUAAAGAAGGAGCAUAACAAAUGGCUUGUAUUGGCACCCUACACAGAUCUGGCGCGAAUAUCUCUGCUCUUUGUAUUUCAGUUUCUGUCCUAGCACUUGAAGAGUAUAACAGCCUUCAACAGAAAUAUGAGCUUGAAGCUCACUGCCGUUUUGAGGCUGAAAAGUACGCAGCUGAGGUAAAUACUUCAAAAUAUUAGUUAGAUUAAGUACCGUGCUAUCGGCAAACGCCGAACGUCAGCCAGCGGUGUUUGUCGUUUGCCGUUCCGUCCGCUGUGUUUGUGGGAAAAAAGAAGGGUGUUAAAAAUAAUUUUUGUACACAAAUUGUCUAAAAUAUUUGAAAAUUAAUUAUCUGUUAACUAAUAUGUUUCUUUGUUUCUUAGUUUUUCUUUUAAACUAAGUAAAAUACGUAUGAUACACGACAAGUGUUCUGGGUCGCGGCCAUUCACGGGGAUUGGACAAAAUGCCCAGAGAAGUUGGCAUCCUUUAUUGAUCGAAUUUGAAACUCUUGUAGCUUUACAAACAGUCAUGAAGAAGAAGAAUAAUAAACGAAACAUAGCUAUUAAAACAAGCGAUCAAAAUGAAGAAAUAGUCUGUAGAAAUGGCAUGCAAAUAAUCACGUUUUCUCGUUUGCUCCAAACGGGAAUAAUGUCCUGUUCGCUUUGAAACGGCGGCCGGCAAACAGCAAACGCGGUAAAAGUCAGAUCACGUGACCCUCUCUGCCGUUCGCGAGAAAAUAUACGCGGUGAUUAAUCUCUAUUAACCCUCGAUACUUUCAAUGGAACGUCNCAAGCGAUCAAAAUGAAGAAAUAGUCUGUAGAAAUGGCAUGCAAAUAAUCACGUUUUCUCGUUUGCUCCAAACGGGAAUAAUGUCCUGUUCGCUUUGAAACGGCGGCCGGCAAACAGCAAACGCGGUAAAAGUCAGAUCACGUGACCCUCUCUGCCGUUCGCGAGAAAAUAUACGCGGUGAUUAAUCUCUAUUAACCCUCGAUACUUUCAAUGGAACGUCUACUGCGUCCAACGUCUUUGGCGUGGUUCGUGUUAUUCAGUAAGGAUUUCGUUUACCGUUAAUUAAGUGGAUGUAUAAAAACAGAUCAUCGCCAUCGUCAUCUUUAUUCACGCCCGAAGGCGCACAAGGCCUUUGUUAAUUAAACAAUCUUCUUAUCAAAAAAUCACGUGGAAGAGAAUCAACCGCAAUCUGAGUUCUAAGUGGGAUUCGAACCCACAACCCUCCGUACUAUCGUCGGAUGCUCCAACCACUUGAGAUCGGAGACAAUGUGGUGAGCACCGGUAUUUUUAUGGAUUAUGACAUGCGAGCUGCAUCAUGCAGCCACGCAGUCAAACAAAGACAUAUUAAUUGCUUAACUGCAUCUGGCAGUCACAUAUUAAUGAUAAGUAAGUAUUAACAACUAAAGAUCUAGCCAUGCAUCCAUCCAACCACCCGUACUGCUGAUACUCUUCUACUUGAUUUCCUAAUUUACUACCAUUUACAUGAUUUCCGGAAAUAAUGAGCCUCUUUUCGUUCAAAACGUUUUGCUCUGAAUCAAAACUGAUUUAUUUGCGCAAAUGGUGUCGAAAAUUUUUGAGUUUCAGUUUCCACGCCCUUGGAACCUUUUUAGCUAACUUUCAAAAACGUUAAGUAAAGUAUAAAAUAGCGUAUUGGUAACACUUUAAACUUCGAACGAAGAAAAUGACAACCUUAUGUUUUGAAAUGCUUUGCUAGCUUUUUUCUUUUGACCGCGGUCAAUUGCAGACACCUUUCCUGGCUUUUGUAAACAGCAAAAGAUUUGCCUGAAUGGCGUCUAUUCUCUUAGUUUAGUAGUUCCAACUUCUGUGUCUUUUGUUAAUUUCUGCAACUUUCAAUUGACGACUAGGUAUAACCCAGGGUUUGGGAUUGCGGGCGAGAUCCAUGCAAACGCUCUUGCUCCAAUGCUGUGCUUUGUUUUGCGUAAGUUUCACGUGAAAGAAGGUCAAAACGUGCGUGAUCAGAUCGCGAGUGCUAGAAUGAUCAGUUUGCGCUCUAUGCGUUCCAUUCAUUCUUAGUGGAAUUCCAAACGAAUGCUGGGUACAUACUAGUAAUAACAAAAGGUUACGGAGUGCAGGCGGCAUGGAUCGAAGGCGGAAGAUGGGCUCCUGUCGAAGGUCAAAACGCUUUUGCUCCAACGCUGUGCUUUGAGUAAGAUUCACGUCAUAGAUGGGCAACACACGCGUGAUUAGAUUACGAGAGGUAGAAGGUCCAAAGGUGCGUCAGAUCAGAUUGUGUUCUGUGGAUUCCAUUCAUUCUAAGUGGAAUUUCAUUAGAAGCUGGCUAUUAAAAUAUGUGCGGUGCAUGAAUAAUAGCAACCUGGAGAUUAGGAUUGCGUGCUCCUCUUGUCGCCCGCAAACAGCAACCCGGGCCCAGUUGUUCAAAUGCCGUUUAGCGCCAACCCAGGGUUAAAUUUUAAUCGGGGUUUCUUUUUCUUUUGUUCAAAAGCAUUUUCUCUGAUGAUUUCCGUUACUCUUUUUGGAGCAUCCAAUCAUCAAAUGGCGUAGACAAGAAGAAUUAAACUGACUUUGCUUUUUAAGCUUUCAUAUCUGAAUUUAUAUUUCGCACUAAGCCUGGAUUAUCUUAACCUGGCUUUGAACAACCCGGCCCUGGAGAUUAGGAUUGGGGGCUCAAUUACAGCUUCAGUUUGUUUUACAAACAGGUAUUGAGGGAGAAAGAUGUCUUGGACCAGCAAAGGAAAUAUAUCUCGGAAACUACCAGUAAAGAUGAGCAACUAAAGAAGGCUCUCGAGGAAAUUGCCACACUUAACAAGAAGCUUGCUGAAGAAAGAACAGAAUCCGAAGAAAAGGUGGGAGAUUAAAGCCGGGUGAAAACUGAGGAACGGGAUGCUAAAUGCACGUCUUCAAGUACCUCAAUUUUUAUUGCGGCCAUCCCUAGUCCGGUAGCUUUUGUCUAGUCUGCUGGUGGUCAUAUAAGCACUUUUCCCUGUACCUGAACAAAGGGGAGGGGUGUUGAAUUGGAUCGAUUUUUCAGGGACGGUUGCAAAUGCACACUGAACAAAACAUCUCUCCUUCCCCACCCUCACAACAAAGUUGACAUUGUGGUUUGUUUGUUUGCUUAACAAACAUCGACCAGUUUUGGGGCAGGGUGUGUUAGACAUAUUUUUUCCUUGAAAGAAAAAGCGCUUAAGUUCUUGGGAUCAAAGACUUAGUGCCCCAAAGGUUAAGUUAGCUGGAGAUCACGGGAUUUGGCAUGUGCGACCACCCCUCGUAAGCGACCUUCUUUCCAAAACAUCAAAACUUUUCCAGUCAAAGCCUUAUAAUUAAACUUCUCGUAAACGACCAUCCACUUAAGGCGACCGCGACCACUAUUUGGGGCUGACGGUUUAAUGAUUUUCCAUUGUUUUUUAACCCCUUGCAAGCAAGCACUUGACGAUUUGUCUGAUCUCUUAGGUUCGCUGCGUAUGCUUCUUAGAAUAUACGAAGAACUUUAGUAACAACAUGGAACUGCACAUAUCAUAACUUCGAAAUUGCAUUCCAUAAAGUGGAUGUGCCCGGACAUCUUCUCGGAAGAGACCCCCUGUGGUCCUAUUCUCUUAAGCGACCACCUCCUGUAAGCGACCUGUAAACGUUCGCCUGUAGAUGAAAGUAAAUUAAAUAUUUUAAAGAUAGGUAAUAGUAGCUAGACCUUUGAAAGCGCCAUCAGCUUCGAUCCCUUAUGCUGAUACAUUCAACUACGUACUAUUUUCAAACGCAUGGUCAAAUUUAAGCUGUCUUAUUGGUGAUGAACCCUAAUGAAUUUGCUACAGAUCAAAGAUCUUAUGGAAGAAAUGAAAGCUUCAAAGGAUGAAGGAUAUAUCAAAGGUAUGUAG